ACUCAGCUUCCUAGCAACUGCCGACUUCAAACGCUCAGGCCGAUCCGAACCCGAAGAACAGUAAACACCAGACAUCCACACACUUUCAUCAUGGCAGGCGCCUGUUCAAUGAUCUGUCUGAUUGUUAUCACUAUUUUCAUUCCUCCUCUCGGUGUCUUUCUCACUGCAGGCUGUGGUGUUGACUUUUGGAUUAACGUACUCCUUACUAUUCUGGGAUACUUCCCUGGUCAUAUCCACGCCUUCUACUUAGAAUACGUCUAUUAUCAUCGUCGCAAGCAAGAUCCCAUGACCCGCGCAACUCAACGGCCAGCGCCCGGUAUCUAUUCGGAUCGCGUCCAGAACGGUGGUCACUCGAACCGGAACUAUGGUACGAUCUAA